AUGAGGGACUUUUUUUUUUACAGCAGCAUUUGUAAUUUUUGCAAACAGAUGGGUGAUUUGAAAAAGUGUUCUUCCUGUAAAAUAUGCUCAUAUUGCAGUCGUCAACAUCAAGAACUGGAUUGGAAAAACCACAAAGUUCUUUGCAAAAUUAUCGCACAAAGCAAUCAGUCACUCCAGUAUAAUGUGCGGACAUUUUCUGAACUUUCUAAUUUUCAAAUAAAACAGUCUUUGUUUUGGCAGACAAGACUUGGUAGACCUUUAAAACCUGACGAAUCGCAAAUGUGGAUGUUCCCUCAGGUUUGUGCUGUUUGUUUUACUAGGGCAAAUUUAAGACCUUGUGAGAUCUGCUUUAAUGCAUUUUACUGCUCAGAAGAACAUAAAAGGAAACAUACUCCAUUGCAUAAUCAAUUUUGCAAAUUAUUAUAUCUGGCAAUGCAAGUGGACACAUAUUGCUUUAGUGGCGGUACACCAAAUAAGAUUAGAUUUAAGGGACCUGUAGGUGUACAGUCCUUGCCGAAAACUGCAGAUGACUUUGUAAAGGACUUAACAGAUAUCAACUUUGUGAAUGAGAGACAGUAUAUCCUGGAUUGCGAUGAAAUUAUGUGUGGUGCUACUAUAUUGUAUGGUUUAGAACAAUCUCUAAAGUUGUAUAACAUGAAAUUGCUGAUGGAUUCAAUUAGCAUUCAUUUUAUAGGAGCAAGUAAUUUUGAACUACAUUUAAAUUGGCUAUAUAUAUUUGAACUACUGCUUCACUGGCUUGAAAACUUGAAAGAGAUAAGAAUUUUUUUAUUUGGUCCAGAUAUGAAAAAUGCAAACUUUGAUUUUAUGAUAUUUCAGCAAUUAGUUUGCAAUUUUUGCCAAACCAAAAUUAAAUGCCUAACUAUGGAGACUUUCACUGGUUUGUAUCAUGAAAGAAUAAGAGACUGUAAUAGACCAAAUAUUGUAAUAGCUUUCAAUAGUGGGUUACAUGAAUUUGAGGGAAGUGAAAAUGAUUUAUGGCAAUCAACCUUACAGUCAAUUAAAUGCUGGGAAGCUCCAUUGCUAUUGACAGCUUAUACAGAAGAUGAAAUUGUUAAAGACUUAGAGAAAUUGAAAAAUUAUUUUCCAAUGGAAGUGUUGUGUGAACCUAAAGUUAACCCUUUUGCCAACAAGAGGCCUUUACGGAACUGGGAUAGACAGAAUGUACCAAUUUUUUUUGUUAAUGGAUAUGUCACCAUUGUUAAGGAAAAAAGUGUUAACUAAGUUUGCAUAUGGAGCUCUAAAAUGAUAUUACGCCGACGUAUCCCUACUCCGUCGUAGUACAUACAGUUCGUGAAAAUCGAAAGUAAAUUAAGAAGUUGAUUGUGGAACGGUCAGUCAGAUACAAGAACCACCAG